UGUGCGCCCCUCACGAACGCAUUAUUGUUUCCGCCUUGGAGCGGUGCCGUCCACAACAUCCCCGCGAGGCGCGUUAAAUGGGCUGCGAAGCGACGCCGAGCCGCUCGUCGCCGUGACUGACAGCUGCCGCGUCCGAUCUCCGCCCGUCGGCCCUCGCCGUCCCGGCACCGAAGCAGAGGAUGGACGGACGCCGCGCGGCGGCCGCCGCCGCCGCCUGGUCCGCGCUCCUGCUGUGCGUCGCGCUGCCCGCGGCGGCGCGCCUGCAGCCCUACGACGUGCUGUACGGCGACGCGGUGCAGGCGUUCUACGGCGGCGACCACCGCAGCGUGGUGCGCCUCAUGGAGGGCGCGCUCGGCAGCCGCCGGGAGCUGCGGCGCACCAAGGCGCGCUGCCGGCUCAGGUGCCAGGACCGGCAUCCGUUCGACGACGCCUUCUCCGACCUGCGCUUCUUCGACGUGGUCCUGCGGCGAGCGGCGUGCGUGAACGCGUGCGUGGAGGGGAAGCUCGGCGCGCAGUCCGCGCACAGAGUGAGCGAGGACGUGGUGCAGGACUUCAACAGGAGGAUCCCCUACAACUUCCUGCAGCUGGCGUAUCAGAAGUUGAAGCAGCCUGACAAAGCAGCGUCAGCAGCUCACACCUAUUUCCAGGCCAAUCCAGAGCACGUGGAAAUGGGCCAGAACCUGGAGCAGUACAAACACAUGGAGGGCGUCACCGAGGACCACUUCGUGGACCGAGAGGCCCGGCCUCACCAGCGCUCGUUCACAGCGGCCGUGCGCUCGUACGACCGCGGCGACUACGACGGCGCCAUCGCGCUGUUCGAGGACGCGCUGCAGGAGUACUACAAAGCAGACGUGGAGUGUCGGGCCCUGUGCCAGGGGCCGCAGAGGUUCGAGGGCCACGACCACGUCCGCUACCGCUACAGUCUCCACGAAGUCGUGUCAGACCACUUCACCCAGGUGCUGCACUGCGAGCACGAGUGCGUCAGAGACCUCGCCACGCGCCCGGGCCGCCUGUCGCCCAUGGAGAACUACCUGCCUCUGCACUACGACUACCUGCAGUUUGCAUACUUCCAGGUGGACAGGCUGGAGGAGGCGCUGCAGUGUGGGCUGGCCUACCUGUUAUUCCACGAGGGAGAGGAGUUCAUGACGGACAACGUGGACUACUACCGAGAGGCGCUGGGACACGACGGCGAACCCCGAGAGAAAGCUGCGUGGUACCUAAGGCGACAUAAACAGGAACUGGAUCUCCUUCUGAUGGGCAGCAAAAUCAUGGGCGUGGAAUUUACGGAAGGGAAUUACUGGAGCAGCACAGGCGGAAGAGAAGACUCAAACAGAAUUCCAUCGGGCACCGACGGCUGGAUGGAGUACGUUCCCAUCUCGGAGAAGAAAACCGCCGCCGUCGCUCCUCCGCAGGCGUUCAAAGAAGGUGGUUCGCUGGUGUACGACAGCGUGCGGCUGGCGCACGACUCGGCGGCCUUGAACGGGUCCCGGCGCGUGGUGCUGGACCACGUGCUGUCUGAGGAGCAGUGUGCGGAGCUCAGGAGCCUGGCGCACGCCGUCACGCUGGCAGGAGACGGUUACAGAGGGAGGACGUCGCCGCACACGCCCAACGAAAAGUUCGAAGGCGCUACAGUGCUGAAAACCCUGCAGUACGGCUACGAGGGCAGGGUGCCCAUGCAGAGCGCCCGCCUCUUCUACGACUCCAGCGAGCGGGCGCGGCGCAUCAUCGAGUCCUACUUCCAGCUCAACGCCACGCUGCACUUCUCCUACACGCACCUGGUGUGUCGCACGGCCAUAGCGGGCCAGCAGGAGCACAGGAACGACCUGAGCCACCCCAUCCACGCCGACAACUGCCUGCUGGACCCGGAGGCCAACGAGUGCUGGAAGGAGCCGCCGGCGUACACGUACAGAGACUACAGUGCGCUGCUGUAUCUGAACGGAGACUUUGAAGGAGGAGAGUUCAUCUUCACAGAAAUGGACGCCAAGACCAUCACGGCGUCGGUGAAGCCCAGGUGCGGCAGGAUGGUGGGUUUCUCGUCGGGCGGGGAGAAUCCGCACGGCGUGAAGGCCGUCACCAGCGGGCAGAGGUGCGCCGUGGCUCUGUGGUUCACGCUGGACCCGCUCUUCAGAGAAAUGGAAAGGCUACAGGCUGAUGAGGUGAUCCAUACACUGGACACGCAGUCAGUGUGGAGCCAGGGCCUCAACAUCAACCCUAGAGACGAACUGUAGAAGCAGAAACACAGCCCUCAAUGAAAUCCCUCCAUCCUCACAACCCUAUUUAUUGAAUUACAUUUGGAUAAGAAUAUUUCUAUUUUUGUACAGUUUUAAAGUGCAAGAUUAAUAAUAUUGUUAUUUUUGUGUCUUUCAUGUGUUUUUCUGUUUCAUUACACACCAGUACUUGAGUUUAUUUAUGUUGUUUAGUAAUUGAAACAUGUUCAGCCUGACUAUCACUGAACUGUGAAGAAGUUAAUGAUAGUUAACAUUUCACACCUUGGGCAACAUACUCAGUCGGUUACUUGCGGUACCGCUAUUAACACUAUUACAAAUACCACGUUAUCUUAUACUGAUAUAUUUAAUGUUAUUUCUAUUUCCGUGCCAGUAAUAAUAAUAUCCACAUUAGACGGACUACCUUGCUCUCAACUAGUAAGUGUGAGAGGAGUUCAGAUAUGCUGAAUGUUGAAAAAUGAUCUGAAUCUGAUCUUUGUCCAUGUUUCCUUGUGUUAAGUCACCUUUCCUUUCUGGGCACACCGCAGAAUACUGGUUUACAUGUGAGUUACUGUUUGUUUUAUUUAUGUGUUUUUUAAUAAUAGACAGCUGCUGUUGUAUCUGUCUGCAAUGUAAAAGGAAGAACCUUUUCUCUUAAAAGAUGUCAAUCGUUCCUGUUUCAGGGAAUACAUAUUUGUAAGACCUUUUAUUUCUUUAUCUGGGAUGAGAGGUCGAGUCGUGCACUGUAAAACCAAUGUAAACACAACAUAUGGGAGAUCUUGUUUUUCUACAAGGAGUCAAGCUGCUAACCAGAAACAUAAUGCUGUUGUUUCAUGAGGUUGGCCUCUUCAGUUUCCCUUUAUUAUGAAAUACUGUAGCACACAAAUGUAUCUGUACAUAACUAUAAAUUAAAACUAUUGUAUUUAA